AUGCCUCGGAAGACGGGGACUCAAAAAUACCGCGGGGUUCUAAGACGUUACACCAGAGUCUCCUCGGGCGUGGGAUUAACGGACGGAGGCGGGAAUCGAGACCCAGCAGUUUGUUUCCCAGCGCCCUUUCCGGAGAAGGCGGAAGGAACGAGCCAUAGAAGGCGCUUUCUGCCCUUGCAGGAUGUCAGGUACUACAGCGAGGAGUGCGAGGUGGAUCUCCGUGACCCCAUCAAGGACUACGAGCUCUACAGAGAGACCUGCCAGGAGCUGCAGAGACUGAUGGCGGAAAUCCAGGAGCUGAAGAGCCGAGGCAUCAAGGACAACGCUUCGGAGAUCGACGAGCGGCGGAUUCAGAGCUGCGUCCAUUUCAUGACCCUGAAGAAGCUCAACCGGCUGGCUCAUAUUCGGCUGAAGAAAGGGAGAGAUCAAACCCACGAGGCAAAGCAGAAGGUGGACGCGUAUCACCUGCAGCUCCAGAACUUGCUCUACGAGGUGAUGCACCUGCAGAAAGAGAUCACCAAAUGCCUGGAGUUCAAGCUGGCAGAGAAGUACAGGGAGUGCCUGACCAGCAAGGAGAAGAUCCUGAAGGAGAUUGAGGUGAAGAAGGAGUAUCUGAGCAGCCUCCAGCCUCCAGUCAACAGCAUCAUGCAGGCCUCCCUGCCCGUCCAGGAGUAUCUCUUCAUGCCUUUCGACCAGGCGCACAAACAGUACGAGACGGCCCGACACCUCCCGCCGCCCCUCUACGUCCUCUUCGUUCAAGCCAGUGCCUACGGUCAGGCCUGCGAUAAGAAGCUCGUGGUGGCCAUUGAAGGGAGCGUGGAGGAAGCCAAAGCCCUGUACAAGCCGCCUGAGGACUCGCAGGGUGAGCUGGGGUGGAGUUGCCACAGGCAGAAGCGGCGCAGGCCUACCCUGGGCGUGCAGCUGGACGACAAGCGCAAGGAGAUGCUCAAGCGGCACCCCUUGUCCGUCACCGUCGACCUGAAGUGCAAAGAUGAGAACGUGCUUCACCUGACCUUCUACUACCUGAUGAACCUCAACGUCAUGACGGUGAAAGCCAAGGUGACCACUGCCGUUGAGAUGACCACCGCCAUCAGUGCCGGUGACCUGCUCUCCCCAGACUCCCUCCUCAACUGCCUCUACCCGGGAGACCACGGGAGGAAAACGCCCAACCCGGCCAACCAGUUCCAGUUCGAUAAAGUGGGCAUCCCCACCCGCGGGACAGUGAGAGAGCUCUGUCCCCAGCCCUCCCCUGCUCAAGUGGCCUUGUCCUUGGUUUCAGAGCACGGCGUCGUGCCGGUCUCCAGCGAGUGCCAGCAUCUCUUCCCUACCAAGAUCGUCUCGCGCCUGGUGAAGUGGGUUGCCAUCCCCUAUGAAGAUUACGCGGAGCUGCCCUACACUAAAGACGUGAUAGAGGCCGGCUUGGCUGAGGACACUCACCUCUACUACAUGGCCCUGAUAGAAAGAGGAACAGCCAAGCUCCAGGCCGCCGUGGUCCUGAACCCCGGUUACUCCACGCUGUCGCCCGUCUUCAGCCUGUGCCUGAACUGGAAAGGAGAGCGAACCAGCAGCAACGACGACAACAUUCGGGCCAUGGAGAGCGAGGUCAACGUGAACUACAAGGAGCUGUGGGGGCCCAAACCGGGCUACCAGCUCCUCACCAACCAGCUGCAGCGCCUGUGCAUGGUGCUGGACGUCUACCUGGAGACGGAGCCCCACGACACCAGCGUGGAGGGGCCCAAGGAGUUUCCCCAGGAGAAGAUGUGCCUGCGCCUCGUCAGGUGA